AUGACAGAGUACUACCUUUUUGGUGAGGACUCCAUUGAGACUGCCCCUGAAGUGUGGUUCAGCAUUUUUAAAGAGCGAUACAUCGCCGUUGUCUACCCACUGCGUUGCAAAGAGCUACUAUCCCGUACCAGAAUCCGGUCUGCCAUUGUCCUUGGCUGGUUCAUGGGCGUUACGUUGCACUUCCCCUUUUCCUUCGCCAACAAUCUUGAUCCAUCUCAACAACGGUGUGACUGGAAAUUCCCGUCAAAGAAAAUAAAAAAUAUUCUGGGUGUAGUUCUCUUUGUCUUUGAGUUUCUCAUUCCUAUGAUCGUGAACGUCACCCUGCAAAUGCUAACAGCUCGUGCGUUACACCGCCAGGCUCGGCUGUACCUAGGUGCGGACAGACGUCUAGAUGAAGCCAACCCAUCCGCGCGACAUAUCCUCGCUAAGAAGCGCGUCCUACAGACGGUGUCCAUAGUGGUCAUCCUCUUCAUCGUCUGUUGGGGACCGGUCCUGAUUGGCUUACUUGCGUUUGACCUCGGGAUCCUCCCGGAUGCCUACAUAUACAGUAAUCUAUAUCACGUUCUAGUCAUACUAGGUUUCUGCAACUCUUGCGUAAACCAAUUCAUCUACGCGGUGCGCAACCCAGAAUUUCGCAAGGCCAUCAGGGAGCUCUUCAAUCCUAAAAGGACCGAAGCGCCAUUGUUUGAUGACAGAGCAACUAAGUCAACACCUCGAGAAACAAGUGUUGUAUAG